AUGCCGUUGAUAAAACAGCUGGAGGAUAUUUUAGAAAAGCGCAAAGAUCGUAAUUUAUUACGCACACUAGUAGCAAAAGAUUUAAACCAGAUAGAUUUUUCAUCCAAUGAUUUCUUGGGUUUAUCAAGGAAUCAACAAUUGAAACAGUUAUAUAUAUCGGAAAUUUUAAAUUUACCAACAGAUGAACCAUUAUUAGGUUCAACAGGAUCUCGAUUAUUGGAUGGAAAUUCCCAAUCAGCAGACGCAUUAGAUGAUUAUCUCGCUGCGUUUCAUAGAGCAGAAUCAGCCUUAACAUUCACAUCAGGAUUUGAUGCAAAUGUAGGUUUUUUUGGAAGUGUUCCGCAACCUGGAGAUGCCAUUAUAAUGGAUGAAUUUAUACAUGCUAGCGUACAUGAAGGAGCACAUUCAACUGGAGUUUAUGGUAGACAAGGAAGAGGAAUUGUUAAUGAAUUAGGCUUAGAAGAUCAAGUAUUUGCACGUCUUCAUACAUUUGGAAAAGCAUUGGCUAGUAAUGGAGGUGCAAUACUUGGACCUAAAGUUCUCAAGUCAUAUCUUUUAAAUUAUGCUAGACCUCUGAUAUUUUCCACAUUUCUGCCAUAUAAUAACCUCAUUGGUAUAAAGUGUGCUUACAAGAUUAUGUCAAGCGAAUUAGGAGAUCAGGUGAUUAUCAGAAAUGAAAAUGUUGUGUUUUUAAGUCGGCUAUUACAAAAAUCUGGAUAUAAUGUUAAAGCAGUUAGAUCACCAACUGUACCAAUCGGUAAAGAGCGUAUAAGAAUAUGUAUACACGCGGAUAAUACUGAAGAUCAAAUUAAAAGUUUAGUGAAAAUUAUCGAGGAAAAUACUUAUAA